GCACCAGUCAACGGUAUUAACCUACAUUCAACAGCCAGCUAACGCUAGCCUUUAUGGUAGCAUCCAGCCACCUUUAGCACGCACCACAGCAGCGGACGUUACGUUAAGCGAAGUGCGGCAGACAGUUAACUCGACCAUCAGGGAUCUUGUCCUUUAACCCAGUGGGCACUUUAUUUUAGUUAUUACUCAUGGCCGCGGUGAAUGUCACUGUACGGUAACUACUUAGCCAAGUUAGCAAGAUAACGUUAAACACCAGGAGCUUGACACUGAGUUAGCAUCCCAUUCAGCUCAGCCAAGCAACCAACUACGUACAACGGAAUUGUCAGCAGAUGCUUUUCAUCAGGAUACCAAUGAGGUGACUUUUCAUCUAAAAAUUAAAUGGAUUUAAGUACACUGAAAUCAGCUAUAAGAGGAGAUGCUAAAACAAACCAGCAGUCACCAAUGGCAACGAAAGGGGGGAAACAGUGGUGGGAUCCAUAUGAAACAACUCACAAAAGGCAAUUCGUCUACCAGCCCAGUUCAGCUGCAGAUAUUUUCCUGAAGCCCCUGUCAACGUCAUUGAUAGACUCAUAUUCACAGUCUGGACCUUUUGGUUCAAGUAUAUACAGUAAGGACUUUAGCUGGAAGCCUGCCUGUAAACCUGAAUGCAUUCGUACAGGAACAGCCUCAGGACAGAGGCGAAAUAACCCACAUCCCAGCAAGCUAUUUUUCCCCAAGUCUUUCAUGAUGUGGAGGCUGCCAAGGGAUGUUGCAAGAAACUCUGACCAUAUUGCAUUCCCUUUGAAAUGUCUCCCUUCUGAGGGUGAGAUCCGUAAAGCCACACAGUACCUCUCCACCUACAAAUGUGACUUCAUGGGUACACCUCAAGGGUACAAUGACACUGAAAAAGCAGCCAGGUGGCUUGCACCUAUGCACAACAGGCACCGCAUAUCACUCUCUACUGACACUGUGAUGAGGGCCAAUUACCGCCAGCCAAACCAAAAAUCUGAACUCGUGGCCAGUGUUUCUCACUGCUGCAAAACAUAUCCAAAUGUGACCUGCCCCGGUAUAGUUCCCACUGUUGUACCAAGAAACUUGCAGAUUCAGAAGACACGUGCUAAUGUAACAACCUAUGACCAUUUUUUUGGAAAGCCAGUCAAUACUGUCACAUCUGUGAUGAAGUCUCUGACACCCCAGGAGCUGGAGCAGUUACACAGAAUUUUACCUGAAAGGGAGCAGGAGGCUUUAAAAGUGGUUUUGAGUAAAGAUGUCUGUCCAAACAAUAAGGAGAAAGUCAAUAAACUUCCAGCAGCUGUGCGUGACUCAGACUCGCCAGAGUGGAGCUCAAGCUGGCCAGGACCUCACUGAAUUUCAUCAUUUUAUAUUAGCUGUUUGUGUUUUUAUAUAAUCUCAUUUCACUCUGUAAAAUCAGCACAAUAGUAUUAUGAAUUAAAUA